AAAAAAAGGAUUUCUCAAGUUUGAAAGGAAGACCUGGCUAUCCAACACGUUCUCGCAAUGGCUGGAGUUCCCAGACCGGACCGAAAAGGAAGUGUAUAUGGUAACGCAGCUCGACCUCCAAAAGGAGGUACUCCCACUGCUGCUCGCUUUACUCGUAAGCAGGAGAAGAAGCGGAGUCUUGAAGAGCCUUAUAAACCUUCAAAGUCAGACUUUACGGAGUAUAUAGUGAAGAACGAAGAAGAGGCUCUUAUGAGUGGUGGUUCAGACCCAAUCAUGGAUCCUUUAGUCUUGUUAAGACGCAUACCUUCGCGCAUACAACCUGUUCACGUAGCAUAUAGAGUCAGAAAAUCUGCUCUAUUUCCUGCGUCAUCCUGGAGAGAGGGUUUGAUAGAAAUUCGUGGACGCUGGUUGCUAAUUAGAAGUCUUCCAGUAGCACCAUAUCAAGCAAAUCUGGGAAAACUCAGAAAUAGUAGCACAGAAAGUCUCGAGUCGCUUGACGAAGGUUCUGCCCUACAGUUUGACCGUGGUGAAAAUAAGUUCCUUGAAAAUGGAUUUCAAUUGAAGGCAGAAAUUGACAAGUCUCAAAACACAGACAAUCUAAGAAUAAGACUAGCGUUACCUCUUAUUCAGACAGAGGUCACUCUGGCAUCUUCAACUACAGUUAAGGUGAAAAUACGAGAUUCCUCUUUGGAAGAGGCAAGAGAGGAAGACACGUUCAAAACCAGAUUCACGAUGACAAGAGAUGGUUUUGCGGCUGAUGGUGCGCUUAUUUUACAUGCAGGAAGGGUAUACAUUCGAACUGCCUCGGUAGAAGAGGCAAAUUCUGUUGCAGAAGCAUUGUCUUUGGUUAGUAAGGCUUCAUUACCGAGUGUACAAGACUACGAAGUUUUGGCACCCAUAGGGAAAGGUGCAUCCGGUUCGGUGCAUUUAGCGAAAGAUAUGAAGAAUGGUGAAUAUGUAGCAAUCAAGAUAAUUGAUAAAGCUGCUGUCUUUGAGUCAAAUGGCGCUGCGCGACACACGGCAGAUGAACGUUUGCUUUUGCAGUUAGCAAGCGAGCAUCCAUUCAUAUUGCAUUUGCAGUCUGCAUUUCAAACGAAAGAGAAGCUUUAUCUUGUAACUGAAUUUUGUGGUGGAGGAGACUUGUUCUUUUUCUUACAUCAUAAAGGCUCUCGUCGUAUAGCAGAAGAAAAAGCCAAAAGGAUAGCCGCAGAGAUUAUUUUAGGCUUGGAGCAUAUUCAUAAGCUUGGAUUUGUAUAUCGUGACCUUAAACCAGAGAAUGUGUUUUUAGAUAAGGAAGGACACGUGAGACUUGCAGACUUUGGACUUUGUCGUUAUUUAAGAGGUGCUCCACAUAGAAAAGCUAAUUCAUUUUGUGGCACAAGAGCUUAUAUUUGUCCAGAGAUGCUACGAAAUCAACCAUAUGGCUACUCUGUCGAUUUAUGGACCUUGGGGGUUCUUCUGUAUGAUAUUUUAUGUGGCAAGUCACCUUUUUAUCAUAAGAAUCGUGCGGAGAUGUAUAGAAGAAUUCAACGGCUUCCUAUAACUUUCCCAGAUGGAUUGUCUUCCGAGGCCCGCUCAUUGAUUCUUGGUUUGUUAGAACGCGACCCAGCUGAACGUCUUGGUUGUGGUCCAGAAGGAAUAAGUGAAGUAAAACAGCAUCCUUUCUUUAAGGAUAUCGAUUGGGAUGAAAUACUGAAAUGUGUUCCAAAUGAGAACAAUCUCUUUGCAGGCGUCACUGCGGAAGGAGAGGAAGCAUCUGAUUCGGAAGAUACAAAGUCACUUCUGAAGAAUUUUGACGUUAACUAUAUUGCCAAUCGUUCUGUUUGUCCUGUAGAAGGGCAUGCAGUGGGGAAGAAUGGAGAAAAGGUUUCUUCUUCCAACAAGAAGGACGAGAGUUUAGAAGAGAGAAGCAGUGCCCGUCGAGUUACAGGUCAUGGCUUUCAUGCGUUUGAAAAUAUUUUUCGUCCUUUAGUUAAGGGAGUCGAGGCAGCAAUAAGUUCCGUAAACAAGGAAAAGAGUCCAGUAUUGCUUGGCUUUGAGUUUGAUAAGGAAUUCGAUGCAGUUUCUGCUCGCUUGAUUCAUUCUUCAAGUUCGCAACACUUUUCAAACCACCAAUCUUCUUUUCCAAACCUCCGCCAACUCAUCAAAUCAGCAUCGAGUAUUACGAUUGGUUCAUAGUUAUUUGUUCUUUUUAAAUAUUUAUCCUAUUGUAUUUUUUUUGGAUGAUUUGAUUUGAUGUAACAUAGUUGUCAUUUGCAUACUUUGUCCAAUUUGCUAGUGCCAUUUUGUUAGUAAAAAUUGAAGAUAUUUA